AUGGGACUGAGAGAUCUUCAUAUCAAGCUAAAAGCAUUCCGGGUGAAACACUUUUUCUUAGGAAAUGGAGGCAGAAAGAGAAAUCAUGGGACUAUAAACAAGCCUUCAUGGAUGACGCCAAUAACACAUGGUCACCAUUUGGUGGCGCAUCAUCUUAUCAAAGGUGGUUCUCAUGACUCAGACUUUGAUUCAGUUGUGAUACAGAGAGAGCAAAUGGAUGACACAGAAUGGUGGUAUUUUGGAAUCUUUGAUGCUCUCAUUGGAGAUGGAGUUACUAAGUAUAUGCAAUCCCAUUUCUUUGACAAGAAACUGAAAGUGUCUCAUAUGAGGACAAAAACCAAAGAAACACUCAAGAGAGCUUACCUAGGUGCAAGAACAAAGAUCAGAGAGGCACACAAAUCAGAAGAGACAUGCAGAAUAGGCUCAACAUCUGUGAUGGUGAUAAAUGGAGAAAAACUUGUGAUAGCCAACAUGGGAGAUUACAAAACUGUUUUGUGUAGAGAUGGUAUAGCUUAUGCUUAUCAGCCAAACGGCAGAGGCAAACAAUCAGCCAAGAGACAUUGGUAUCGCAGACUCUUUUCAGCCAAAAAGACAGGUAUAAAGCAUUCUAAAGGCUCAGAACUUGUCCUGGGAGGUGAUAGGAUCGACUCUGAUACUGAAUUUUUGAUCUUAGCAAGCAAAGGCAUAUGGGAGGUGAUGAAGAACCAAGAGGCCGUGAAUCUUAUUAGGCACAUAGAGGAUCCACAAGAAGCAGCUGAGUGCUUGGCAAGGGAAGCUUUGAAUAGGAUGAGCAAAAGCAACAUUUCAUGCUUAAUCAUUCGCUUUGAUUGA